AUGCUUAAAGAAGCACUUAAAUCCGUUACAAUUAUAUUUAAUUGUGCUGGGAAAUCAUUUGAAUAUUUGCAUGAUGGCAUAUGUCAUACUGAUGAAUAUUGGCAUGACAAUACAGAUGCGACUGAAAUACUUAUCGAAGUUAUGAUCGAACUAAAGAUAUCAUUUCUGAUUCAUAUAAGUGAUGCUUAUGCCAAUUUACCUACUGGCGAUAAUUUUGGUUUAUCUGAACAAAUACAUUCUGGAAUUCCUAAAAACUUUAUGCUUGGAAUUUAUGGACAAUCAAAAACAUACGGAGAAUUAUACGUUCGAAAUGCUGCUAGCAAUAAUCAAAUAAACGCACUAAUUUUACGUCCAACUUUUGUAUAUGGCGAAGGUGAGAAACACCUGCUCGGUUCAGCUUUAAAACUGUGCUCACUGUACGGUGGCAUUCCUUACAUACAGGAUAUGAGACGAGGCUUUCAUCAAUAUCUAUAUGCAGGGAAUAUGGCAGCAAUAAUGGAACGUGCAAUGACGUGUUUAAAAGAAAAUCCAAAGUAUUAUAAUUCUGAAGUUGUAAUUUGCAUGGAUUGUACCCGAGCAAAAAGAUUUGUUGAUUUUAUGGAACCAUUUUUGCAAGUUACUGAUCUCAAACGUGUAACGAUAUUAUCUUAUAUUCAAACAUAUUUUGUAACAAUUUUCUACGAAAUUCUGAAUAAAUUUGCGCCUAAUAAAUGCUUGGGACGUUUAACUUGGUUCGCAAACAGAUUCAUUAAUUCUUGGACAAUUGGAUUUUCAAAUCGGAAACUACGUCUUCUUCUCGAUUUUAUUCCACCAUAUGAUCAAGCAGAAGCAGUAGAACAAUGCAUAAACUGGCUCAAACAGCGAAAAAUAAGAAAUGAAUAA